CCGCUGCCCGGGACAACACACCCGCUGCCCGGAACAUCUCACCUGCUGCCCGGAACGUCGCACCCGCUGCCCGUAACAUCUCACCUGCUGCCCAGAACAUCUCACCUGCGUGCGACUCCGAGAUAACUGCAAAGCUGCUGUUUCGCCUUAGAAAUGAGGGCGCCCUCCUUGAGCGUGGUCCUGGUGGUGCUGCUGGCCGCCGCGGCACUGUCGCACGCCGCCGAGCCCGGAGCGCCCCGCAGCAAGAGGAGACACAGCUCAGGAAGCCAAGGAGGCUCCCAACAGCGCCCCCUGAAGGCAGCACGAGGCUACGGCAAGGACCACCCGGGUGAUGGCGGUCAUGCAGCUCAGGCGUCACUGGGCAAAGCCAGGCCCGGUUCUCGCUUCCAGGACGACGGGAUGGGCUUGGAGGGUCUAAGUCCGGUGCGGGUGGAGGCGGGUCCUGGCAGAGCUGGAAUGAAGAAGCGGCCCAGGGAGAACCACCUUAUGGCGACACGCAAGGGGAGGGGCCACGGGCAGAACUCUGACCUCAGGAGACUAGCGGGGCGGCGUGGACAAGGUUUUCUUCUGGACCCCAAACUGAGCGAUGUGCUCCACGAGCCGCCUCCCUCCCCCCUCUCCUCCCACCCCGCCCUCCGCGCGGACCAUCUCGGCGACGCCGCCCCCUCGUCGCCCCACGUCGGCGCCUUCGGCUCCGGCUCCUCCAUGGUUGCCACGGUGAUGAACGAUCAUCCCCCAACGCUGCCCCCGGCCUCCACCAAGUCCCAGAAGUCAGGAGGAGCAAAAGGGCGAGGCGAGGUGAUGCCCACGCUGGACAUGGCGCUCUUUGACUGGACCGACUACGAGGACAUGAGACCUGCGGACGCCUGGCCGUCCUCCAGGAAGAAAGACAAGAGGCGGAGCAAGAACCUCAGCAGCGGGAACGCCACGGUGGACGCUGACGUCAUCGAGCCAUGUGACCACCAUCUGGACUGUCUUCCUGGUUCCUGCUGUGACCUGAGGCAGCACGAGUGCAAAGCUCACAACCGAGGGCUGAACAACAAAUGUUACGACGACUGCAUGUGUGAGGAAGGCUUCAAAAAGACACCCUGGGUCUUGUCUCACAGGCUUCAAAACCAGACUCUCUUGGUCUUGUCUCGCAGGCUUCCGCUGUUACGCCAAAUUCCACCGUAAGCGCCGCGUGACGAGGAGGCGGGGCCGCUGCGUGGUCCCCGAGUCUGUGAGCAGCGACCAAGGAGGCUUCAUCACCAUUUGAGGAGGAGGGGGCGUGGCCUGCGGGGAGGAAGGUGAAGGCCUCCGCACCGCUUGUCUGUCAGGCGGACAUUUUUAAGCACAAGUGGAUGCUUUUUAUGUAUGGAUUUGCUUGUUAAUGACGUUGCGACGUCUCCUGGUUGACCAAAGUGUUUGUGGCUGUGUUUUAUUUUGUAGUUUGUUCAGUAGUUCUUCUUCCAGGUGGAUCACGCAGAGAAGUGCUGUAAAGAUUCUGCAAGGUGACGUGAAGUAAGAUUGUUGUUUAGCCCUGCAAGUAACCUGUCUGAAUAUUUGAUCUUUGUUCUGAAUAUUUGAUCUUUGUUUGUGCUUCAAGAUUAAACUGUGUU